AUGAAGUUCCUAUGCCUACCCGGUGCAUACGGAAGCGCAAAGAACUUCGAAGCCCAACUCGGACCAAUUUGCCAAGAACUUACCUCGACAUCCCCCAGCACCUUCCAUUUCACCCAAGGCACCGUAAAAUGCAUCCCACCGCCCGGAUUCGAAACGUAUUUUGGGCCCGGCCCUCACUACCGCUUCGUAGAAUACGAUGGAAUAUCGCAAAACGACGUUCUGGAACGCGUGCGAGAUUUUCCCGAGGGAGAGAAUGCCGAAGAUGUACUGCGCGAACUGAUGCCCGAGGGAUCGGGCGACGUGCGAAGGAGCAUGAAAGAAGCUUUGCAAGCCGUGUACCAAACCAUGGAGACUGACGGUCCAUUUGAUGGGAUAUUUGCGUAUUCCGAAGGAGCAGUCGUAGCAUCUACAUUAAUACUUGACGAAGCGCGACGCUAUGAGGCCGAGGGACGAGAACCCCAGAUUAAAGCCGCGGUGUUUUUUUCCGGGUGGCCGCCUGUGUUGCCGGAUUCGAAUCAGAUGGUUUUGGUGGAUGAAUGUGAGGCUCUUAUUGAUAUUCCUACGUGUCAUGUGGUGGGAGCCGGCGAUCCGUAUUUACCGGGCUCGAUGGCUCUGUUUAAUGUUUGUAAUGAGGAUUCGGCGAGGUUAUUUGAUCAUGGGAAGGGACAUACUCUGCCGAGGGGUGCAAGGACUAUUGAGGAACUCGGAGGUGUUAUUAGGGAUAUGACGGAGGAGUGUGGAUAG